UGCCCAGCUCCAAUUUCAGACUUCCUUUCUGGCCCCUGGCAGUUGUCUUUGCAUCUGCCAUCUUCUUCCUCCUGCCCGGCAGGGACAGAAGCCUUUCUUACUUUACUUGGAGCUAGCUCCAUGAGGUUCCAGCCCGGCUGCAAGAAAAAGUGGUGGGGAUGCCAGAUAUACGAGUGCCAUCCAAGACAGCAGCUGCUUGGAGCCCGAUGGAGGCUCACGUUGAAUCAAACUGGUACCCGCCCUUUGUCGCGAUGGAGCGGUGUGCACCCGCGUCCUGCCCGAGACUGCAGGAUCUCCUAGGUUAAAAGGGAUGCCGAGCCUCCACCUGUCGGAGGCAGCCAGAGGAACGUGGGAGUGUAGGGAUCGUCACCAACUUGGGGUCCUGUGAAAACGAGUGUCGUCCCAGCCCAGAUGCCUAUCGGAUUUACAGUGACACCUACACCUCUUUGCUGCCUUCCAACAUUCAUUGCAGAAGACAAAUAGGCACGCAAUCAUUUCCUUCAUUUCAUCACAUGUAGUCAGAUUGCUGCUUACAGUGUGAUACCAGACCACUUGUGUCUUUGAUUAGUCACUCCCCAGGGCAAACUGUAUUUAAAAUAAGGAAUCCUGAUAGAAUAGAAGGUGCCCCACCUUUUUAAAAAGAAGGUUUAGUUGUAUAACUAGCGACUGGUCUUCAUUUCUUGGCUGGUAACUUCCUCCUUUCACCACACCUACGUUACUGGCAGAAAAAGAGAGCAAACUGCUGUCAGAGACAGCAAGUACAUGCCAAAGAAACUGUGGGAUCCUUAAAAUCUUCUACCUGUAGAAGUUUCAUGUGGGAGUCCAUAUGCUGAGGCUGUGUGUUGUGUUCAUCUACCUUUCAUACGGGGUGAAAACAGAUCCCGGGGAGACAUGUCCUGCGUUCACAGCUCUCAGCUUCAGCAACGCUUUGAUAGGGACCGACCUGAAAGUGAAGCUAAUGCUGUACACCAGGCAGAACCCAGACUGUGCUGAAGAGCUCAAUUCUACAGCCUCCAAGUAUCUCGAUCUGACCAAGAAAACCACCUUCAUUAUCCACGGGUACCGGCCCACAGGCUCUGCCCCGGUCUGGAUCCCUGGCUUGGUGCAUCUCCUGCUUUCUGAGGAAGCUAUGAACAUCAUCGUUGUGGACUGGAACCGGGGAGCAACAACCGUCAUCUACAGCACAGCUUCCAGAAACAGCAAGAAAGUUGCUGAGAUUCUGAAGAAACUUAUUGAUGAAAUGUUGAUUGCCGGAGCAUCACUUGACUCCAUUCACAUGGUAGGAGUAAGCCUGGGAGCACACAUCUCCGGCUUCGUGGGACAGAUGUUUGAUGGUAAACUCGGCAGAAUCACAGGCCUUGACCCAGCAGGCCCCCUGUACAGAGGGCAGCCGCCCGGCGAGAGGUUGGACCCCACCGAUGCGCAGUUUGUCGAUGUUAUCCACUCGGACACCGACGGACUCGGCUACGCGGACACCCUGGGCCACAUAGACUUCUACCCCAACGGCGGGACCGACCAGCCCGGCUGUCCACUGACAAUAUUUUCUGGAAUGCAGUAUUUUAAAUGUGACCACCAGAGGUCUGUUUUCCUGUUCAUGUCAUCCCUGAAAAAGAGCUGCAAUAUUACGGCAUACCCGUGUGACUCGUACAGAAGCUACAGGAAUGGCAAAUGUACCAGCUGCGAAACUUUUCAGCCUAUGCCAUGCCCCAUCCUAGGCUAUUAUGCCCACAAGUGGAAAAGCUAUUUAACACAACAGAGCCAUCCAGUGACAAACAUGUUUUUUGAUACAGCGGACAAAGAGCCAUUUUGUAUUUACCACUACUUUGUGGACAUCAUUACGUGGAACAAAGACACCAGGAGAGGCACCUUCAGCGUGGUGUUAGCUGAUGAUGCUGGGCAGAAGGCAGAAUCUAAAGUUAAUCCAGAAGCUGCAGCCUUUCAGCAGUACAACCAAAUCAGUUUGCUAAUUGGAUUCGACCAGGAUUUUGAAAAUGUAAAAAGAAUUUCCUUGACAUUUUCCACGGGAUCUGUCAUCAGCCCGAAAUACAAACUCAGGAUUCUCCAAAUGAGGUUCCGGUCACUUACAAACCCAGAAAGACCGCAGCUGUGCAGGUACGACCUCGUCCUGACGGAGAACACCAAGAAAACCUUCCGGCCCAUCCCGUGCCAGGCCAGGCGCUGAGACCCGAAGGCGAGGCAGCGGCAGGCCGCCCGC